ACACUCACACACACACACACUCACUCACACACUCACUCAUACACGCACACUCACACACUCACACUCACACACCACAGCCGCACUCCAAUGACACGGCGUCCGCAUGCUUCAAGCUCUGCCAGUGGCGCCAGCGCUGCUUGGGCAUGGUGGCGGUCACUCGGCAGCCCACGGUACGUGUGCGCCCCAAUGGUGUGGCAGAGUGAGACCGCAUUCCGGCGACUGGUGACGGCCGAAGGAGGGUGCGACCUAGCGUACACCCCAAUGAUGCACGCAGACCAGCUGCUCGAAAACAACCUCGCCGCACAGAGCCACCUCACAGACCUACGGCAGGACAUGGAGAGGGGCCGCCCAUACCCGCUGCUGGGCCAGUUGUGCGCAACAAACGCGGACGACUUUGUACAGGCUGCGCAGCUGGUGGAGCCGUAUGUGGAUGCGGUUGACUUGAACCUCGGCUGCCCACAGCGCACAGCACAAGCGGGCGGCUUUGGCGCGUUCCUCAUGGAGCACCCGGACACGGUGGCAGCGAUUGUGCAGCGCGCCAGCACCACGUUGCAAGUACCCGUGUGCUGCAAGAUUCGCGUGUUCACCGACGUCGACAAGACUGUGGCGUUUGCCAGGAUGCUGCAGGAGAGCGGGUGCAGCAUGCUUGCGGUGCACGGCCGCACAAGGGCGCAGCGCCACCACGAGGGCACCCCACAUUACGACACGGUGCGCGCAAUCGUGGAGGCACUGGACAUCCCUGUUGUGGUCAACGGAGGCAUUGCCACGCGACAACAGGCUGAUGCCAUUCUUCGCCACACGGGGGCCUGCGCAACGAUGAGCGCAACGGGACUCCUCGCCUGCCCGCUCAUGUACACGGGCGUAGCUGCCUCCGAGACCACCCCCUUUGAGCACGCCCACAAGUACUUGGAGUACGCAUGUCGGUAUCCGCCGCCGUGCGCGCGCUACAUACGUGACCACGUGCUGGCGCUGUUUCGCAGCCACUUUGCCAACUACGCGCACAUUGACGUGUACAACAUGAUGGCACGCAACAUGGCCGUGCGCACCGCAGCCCAGUAUUUAUGCUGUGUGCGCGUGCUCGCCAGUCGGUGCGAGCUGUCCUCGCUUCCAGGUCGCCUGUCUGAUGUGCCGGUGCUCACCCUACGCCGCAUCAAGAACCUCACGGGAGACUGGCCGCUGCACACGGGUGACGGGUGGGAAGCCAUGCUCGCUGCGCUGACACAGCUGACCGCCAGCGACCCCAUGCACCGUGGCGCACGUGCAGCUGACUCCCACCCCAUUGUUGCAAGUGGUGGUGAUAUUGAUGGUGGUGGUGGUGAUAUUGAUGGCUAUAAUAACGACAGUGUUGACCUUGAUGAUGAUGAUGCUGUUGUGCUGUGGGAUUUGCCAUGA